AUGUCAGCCAAGAGAACAGAACUGAAGAAAACACAUCUGAACAAGAACUACAAGACAGUUUGCCUGGACUUGAAGCCGGAGCCCACCAAGACACAUGAGUACAAAAGAGUUAAAGAAGAAGGGCCAUCCAAUAAGUCGGGAGGGACACAUGAGCUCAAGAAUGAACUCAGGGAGGUGAGGGAAGAGCUCAAGGAAAAAAUGGAGGAGAUAAAGCAGAUAAAGGAUGUAAUGGACAAGGACUUUGACAAACUCCAGGAGUUUGUGGAUAUUAUGAAGGAAAUGCAGAAGGAUAUGGAUGACAAGAUGAAUGUUUUAAUAGAUAUUCAGAAGAACAACAAGCUUCCCCUUAGAAGAGGACCAAAGGAACAGCCAGGACUCAAGCUAAUUAGAAAGACUGACACAGACCCACAGCUCCAACUCAAGAAAAUGAAUGGAGCAGGUGGGGCACUGCUUGGUCUUCAUAAGAAGCAGCUGACACCACAAAAAGCUAAAAAGGGCCCACUGGAUUCCCUCCAUCAGUGUGGGACCUGCUGUGAGAAAUGUUUGUGUAUCCCAAAGAACAACCACAAUGAAAGCGGGAAGCUUCCACACACAGCCUGGGCACGCUUUUCACCCUUGUCACCUGGAGCUGCCUUCUGA